AUGUCCAAGCCAUAUUUUGAUGGAGUAUAUAACAGCAGCGACGAGCAGGAAGAUGAGAGUGCUUUUAACUACGAAAGCGAGCCAUCCUCCAAUGAAGAGGAUGAACAAGAAAGGGAUGUAAAACUGAGAAGAAGAAAGCAUAUUGAGGAACAAGGCGAAGAGGGAGACGAAGAAGAAGGCGAUGCUACCAUUCCUCCUUGGGCAUGCUGCUAUUGCCGUAACGAUGAUGUCACUGCAGUAGCGCAAUGCGCCGUGUGCAAAAGAUGGUUUUGCAAUAGUCAAUGUAAAUCAAGGAGCCAUAUUAUUCAGCAUUUGAUUUACAAUGAUCACAGAUCAAUUAUUCUCCAUCCAGAUGGACUCAUUCCUAUGACAAAAGACACUCCUCUGAGCUGCUUGAAUAACGCUCAGCACACAAAUGUGUUUAGUCUGGGAAUUAUCCAGAGCGUGAACGGAGAUUAUACGAUCAUUUGCAGAGACAACUGUUUGGAUCGGUCACGUCUAAAGGAAAUUGGUUGGGACGCAGAUUCGUGGACUCACAUUAUUCAGAACCGUCAUUUUGUUGACUCGAUUCUAAGUAACGGUCCCCCGGAAGGUCAAUUCACAAUUCCGGUUUCCCAGAAAGAAAUCCAAACGCUCGAGAGUUUAUGGAAGAUAAACCCGCAAGCCACCAUAUACGAUAUCAUCUCAAACCCCAAAAAACUCAUAAAAACCAUCGAAAAGGUGCCCAGUCGUUUUGAGAACGCGGAGGAGUACAGCCGCAUCUUCUCUCCGCUAAUCCGCUUGGAUAUGGAGGCGGACGAGGUGGCGAACAACCUCAAGCGCAUCACGGAUGUCUCGAUCACCUGGGACACGGGCAUCGGCCAGAGCACGAUCGCCACGUUCGUCCACGACCAACUCGACAGUCGCUACCGCAUGAACGUGGGGCAGGAGAUCGUGAUCCACUACGAGACGAAGGUGGGAGACACGGUGUGCGAAGGCAAUUACGCGGGGAAAGUCAUCCAUAUCGACAACAACCGCAUCAAAGUCCUCAUGAAAUCGCAGGAAGAGCCGCCGACCGGCCGCCAGACGGGUUUUUCGGUGACGUUCUGCUGGAACGCGACGCCGUUCACGCGGAUGCUGAAGGCGGUGAGCUCGUAUUUCAACCCGGAGCGCAUGACGGACUUCAUCUACCAGUCGAUUUUAGGGUACAACGUGCCGGACAAGGAGUAUCCGCCGGUGUACAUCAAGAGCUACUCGCUGCCCAACUUCAAGCAGCUCAACGGAUUCCAGCUCGACGCGGUCAAGAACGCGCUCAACAAGCACUUAACGCUCAUCCAGGGCCCGCCUGGCACCGGCAAGACAGUGGUCUCCGCCACCAUCAUCUACCACAUCGUGAAAUCGUACAAGCAGCGCGUGCUCGUCUGCGCGCCGUCCAACAUCGCCGUCGACAACCUCACGCUUCGGCUCCACCGCCUCGGCCUCUGCGUGGUCCGCCUCGUCGCCCGCUCCCGCGAGAGCGUCCGCAGCGAGGUCGAGAACGUCUGUCUGCACAACCUCGCCGUGUACGUGGGCGGGCCGACCAGCGAGCUCUACAAACUCAACGCGAAGCUGCAGGAGAACGGGCAGCUCAGCGAGAAGGAGGCCGCGCUCUACAAGUCCUACCUCACCAUCGCCGAGCACACCAUUCUCUCCCACGCCGAGGUCGUCUGCUGCACCUGCAGCGCCGCUCUGGACGCGCGCCUCGCCGGGCUGAGCUUCCCCGCGGUGCUGGUCGACGAGUCGACGCAGGCGCGCGAGCCGGAGUGUCUGAUCCCGAUCGUGAACGGCUGCGACCGGCUGAUUCUGGUGGGCGAUCACAAGCAGCUGGGCCCGGUGAUCCAGGACCAGGAAGCCAAGCGCGCGGAGUUCGACAUCUCGCUGUUCGAGCGCCUGCUGUCGCUAGGAAUCAAGCCGUACUGCCUGAACAUCCAGUACCGAAUGCACCCCGCGCUGUCGAUCUUCCCGUCGAACAUGUUCUACAACGGCGCGCUCAAGAACGCCGUGCAUUCCUCCGAGCGCACGCGCAACCUCGCCUUCCCCUGGCCCCGCUCGGACAUGCCCAUGAUGUUCUGGUGCGUGCAGGGCUCGGAAGAUCCCGGAUCCUCCGGCCGAUCCUUCCUGAACCGCAUGGAAGCCACCUGCGUCGAGAAGGUCGUCGAGCGGUUUAUCAACUGCGGCAUCCCCGGAGACCGCAUCGGCGUGAUCACGCCGUACGACAGCCAGCGAACGCUGCUGCGGCAGGUGCUGUCGCGGCAUAUGGAGAAGGCGGAGGAGGUGAAAAAGGUGGAAAUCGCGAGCGUGGACGAGUUCCAGGGACGCGAAAACGACUAUAUUAUCUUCUCGUGCGUUCGGUCGAAUUCGGAUGGCGUGCUGGGAUUCCUGAACGAUAUGCGACGGUUGAAUGUCGCCAUCACGCGAGCCAAGUACGGAAUUGUGAUCAUCGGCAAUCCGAACACGUUGCGGUCGCAUCCGAUCUGGGUUGAGCUCAUGAAUCAUUUCCAGAUGAAUAAAUGUCUCGUGUGCGGAGCGUCGCUGGAUCAUUUGUCGCUGUACUCGCUGGACCUGCGAGGACGCACGAAAUAUGUGGAUAAUCGGCAGUCGAAGCUGUCGAAGCGGUUGAUGCAGAAUAUGGGAACGACAACCGCUGCGGAGUAUGCAGAGACAAACGAGAGAGGUGUGGGUGCUAGUGCUAGUGCUGGUGUGAGUGUGGGUGGUGCAAGCAAAGGACGAGAGAAGGGAGAGGAGAAGGAAGACGAACUUGCGGGUUUAUUGGAUGUUGAUUUGAAUGAUACUGGUUUCUGA